AUGUCGUCGUCUUCGGGGCAAGACUCUUCUGAGCCUGGAAAAUGGGUGGAAGAAGUACACAUACAACGUUCGGAGAAUUCGACAAUCGAGAGUGUAUCGAGAAACAGUUUAGAUAUCGCGCACAACUAUGAGAAAGCGCUCACACCACAGAUUUCCCGGGCCUCGCAACCAUCACUAAGACAGAAGGUGACCUCUGUCGGCACCGCAGGUACUACGGAUCCCAACUUCGAGGUCGACUGGGAGGAUGAAGACGAUCCUGCAAAUCCUCGGAACUGGUCGUUGGCGUACAGGAGUAUGAUGGUGGGCUUCUUAUCUUGGAACACAUUUAUAGUUGUUCUAUAUUCGACCUCCUAUACUGCGGGGAUAGCCAACAUUGCUUCCGACUUGAACGCUUCUCAAACCGUAGUGACUCUUGGAUUGACCCUUUAUUUGAUCGGCCUUGCGGUCGGCUCUGUUAUCAUCGCUCCCCUGAGUGAGACGUAUGGUCGAAAGCCAAUAUCAGUCAUCUGCAUGUUCCUGAUGCUAGUCCUGAUUAUACCUGCGGCGCUGGCUACAUCAGUGGCGGAACUUCUUGUUGUGCGAUUGAUCGGGGCAUUUGCAGGGAGUGCGAUGAUUGCUAGCGCACCUGGGACGUUGGCAGACAUUGUGGACGAUGAACAUAGAGCAUUGGCCUUCUCCGUCUGGAGUCUUGGACCACUGAAUGGACCUGUUUUCGGUCCAAUCAUUGGUGGUUUUGUUACCCAGUACCUCGGCUGGAGGUGGACGGAUUGGAUUGUCAUGAUGAUGACGGGAGUUGCGUUGAUGUUUUCGUGUAUUAUGAAGGAGACAUAUACUCCGGUCCUACUUCAGCGCAAAGCUGCACGGAUUCGUAAGGAGACGGACGAUCCGCGAUGGUGGAGUCGAUACGACCAAAAAGUGGCAUUGAGUGAGGUUUUGAAGAUUAAUCUGACCAGACCGUUCAUAAUGGCGGUUGUUGAGCCGAUCUGCAUCUUCUGGAACAUCUAUAUCGCCAUUGUAUACGCCAUUCUCUAUCUCUGCUUUGUGGCUUAUCCAAUUGUCUUCCGGGAAAUUCGGGGUUGGUCUGUUGGCUUGUCGGGACUGGCGUUUAUUGGAAUUGGCGUUGGUUCCAUCCUCACCAUUGUCUGCGAGCCAUUGAUACGCCGUCUCAUCAACCGCCACAAGGUCGAUCCGGAGACGGGGAGGGUUCCACCGGAAGCAAUGGUUUCAUUUGUCUGUAUAGCAGCUGUCUUCAUCCCCAUCGGCGAACUCUGGUUUGCCUGGACCUGUUCGCCAGCCUCCAUCCACUGGGUAGUGCCCAUUCUUGCGGGCGUGCCGUUCGGAGCAGGAAAUACUGGUGUUUUUAUCUACGCGACAAACUACCUGACUCACAGCUACGGUAUCUAUGCCGCAUCAGCUCUGGCCGGUAACGCUGUUAUCCGUAGCAUCCUAGGAGGCGUUCUUCCCCUCGCGGGUCCCUACAUGUACGCCAGUCUGGGGGCUAAUUGGGCCGGAACUUUGCUAGGGUUGAUGGAGGUGGCUAUCAUUCCGAUCCCUAUCAUCUUUUACAAGUAUGGCUACAAGAUCCGCCAAAAGAGCACUCUCAUCCAGAUGAUGCAAGACGAUAAGAAGAAGCUCGAAGGGAAGCGUCAAUUGAGAAGAGACCAGGAAGCUGCAGCAGAGCUGAGGGAAGCACAAAAGCGAGAGGAAGUAUAA